AUGAGCAGAUUAUCGCUUAAAAUUGCAGUGCAAUCGUUUCUGCUGGUUUACUUACUAAGAAGUGUUGUUUUAUCCAAUUCCAAUUCUGGAGUUAGAAGUCUCAAAACCAAAUGCAUUGAUGAAGAAAGGAGAGCUCUCCUCAAGUUCAAGGAUAAUCUGGAAUCCUAUGACAAUGACACUCUUUCUUCUUGGGGCUAUGAAGAAGAAAAGAAGGAUUGCUGCAGUUGGGAAGGAGUUGGAUGUGACAACAUAACAGGACAUGUCAUUAUGCUUGAUCUUUCACAUCUGGGUCUUAGAACCAGGGGUAAGUAUAUGAGCCCUCCAUUGAUUGAGUUAGGUUAUUUGAAUUAUUUGGACCUCAGUGGCAACGGCUUGUAUGAGAAUAACCUGUUAAGUUUGAUUGGGAACAGUAUGGUUUCCCUUCAACACCUUGAUCUUUCUGAAACUCUAUUAGAUGGCUCCAUACCUGAAACUUUUUGGACCAACAUGACUUCCCUUUCACACCUCAUUCUUUACAGCAAUGGGUUAGGAGGUUCUAUUCCUCAAGGUUUUUGCAACGUGGCAAGCCUACGAUACCUCGAUCUUAGUGGCAACCUUUUUAUUAGUUCCAUUCCAAAAUGUUUGGGGAACAUGACUCUCUUUGAACACCUCGAUCUUUCCCAUAAUGAUUUGGUUGGUUCCAUCCCUGAAGCUUUUGGUAACUUGGUUACCCUUACCUACCUCAAUCUUAGCACCAACCAUUUAAAUGAUUCCAUUCCAAAAUUUUUGGGAAACAUGACUCUUCUUAAAUUCCUUGAUCUUCAUGAUAAUUCUUUCAAUGGUUCGAUUCCCAAAGCUUUUGGCAACAUGGCUACCCUUACAUACCUUGAUCUUGGGAUGAACUAUUUCAAAGGUUCCGUUUCAAUAACUUUUGAGAACCAGAGUAGUACACUCAAAUAUCUUGCCCUUGAUUCAAACCAGUUAGAAGGUGUCAUUACAAACAGUUUUUGCAAAAAAUUGACUUCCCUUGUAUUCCUUGACUUGAACAAGAACAAGUUAGAAGGUUCCAUUCCAAAAUGUUUUGGCAAAAAUCUGACUUCCCUUGUAUACCUUGACCUGAGCAAAAACAAGUUAGAAGGUUCCAUUCCAGAAUGUUUUGGCAACAAUAUGAUGUUGCUAACGUACCUUGCCCUUGGCAAUAAUCAGUUAGAAGGUCCAAUUCCUGAAGCUUUUGGGAAUAUGUCUGCCCUCGAAAAACUUGAUCUUAGGAAUAACAAACUUACAGGUGAAAUUCCAACGUCCGUUUGGAACAUAUGUACAUUACGUGAGCUGUUCCUGAAUUCAAACAAUCUUAGCGGACAGCUCCUUGAGCUCACUCAAUCCUCAUCAAGCUGCACAAAUCACUCAUUACGGAGAUUGUUUUUGCAUGACAAUCGAAUCACAGGGCUAUUUCCUUCUCUUAGAUUGUUCUCUUCUUUGGUGAGCUUGGAUAUUUCCUCAAAUCAAUUAAGUGGGAGUGUAGAUCCAAGUAUUGGUCAAUUAUCAGAGUUGGCAUUUCUAAACCUUUCAAAUAACCUUUUAGAAGGUGUCAUUUCCAAAGCUCAUUUUUCGCAACUCUCCAAACUGAUUUACUUGGAUUUAUCUUCGAACAAAUUGAUUUUCAAUGUAAGUUAUGCUUGGAUUCCUCCUUUCAGAUUGCGUACAAUAUACCUUAGUUCUUGCAAGUUGGGUCCUAAAUUCCCAAGAUGGCUUCAAAGUCAAGAAUAUAGUCGGCUUGAUAUUUCCAACACCGGAAUUUCAGAUUCAAUUCCCAGUUGGUUUUGGGACCAUCAAUAUAUAAUGGACAGAGCCAAUGUGUCUAACAACCAACUCAGUGGAAUGAUUGGGAAUUAUUCAAUGUUCCCUGCAGAUGUCAUAGAUUUGAGUUCCAAUCAAUUAGAAGGAGCAGUUCCAACGUUUUUAUUCAAAGCUGCAACAGUAUUGAGCCUUUCCAGAAAUAAAUUUUCGAGCAUAAAUUCCAUGUGUGGUGUCACAGAUGCGAUAUUGAAAGUUUUAGAUAUAUCACACAAUCAAUUAUCAGGGAAGCUUUCAAAUUGUUGGUCGCAAUUCAAUGACUUGGUCGUCCUCAAUUUGGCAAAUAAUUACGAGUUGUCAGGUGAAAUUCCUACCUCCAUUGGAUCUUUGACUAAUAUCAACUCAUUGCGUUUAAGCAACAAUAAGCUUACAGGAGAACUACCUUUGUCGUUGAAGGAAUGCAAAAACUUGGUAGUUUUUGAUGUGGGAGGCAAUAAGCUAUCAGGAGCAAUACCAACUUGGAUAGGGGAAACACUACAGGAUCUUGUUAUCCUUAACCUCCGAUCCAAUCAUCUCCAUUGA